AUGGACUCCAUUUAUUACAGCUCCUCACCAAACUUGGCCAAAUAUCUCCUUCCUGAAUUACCAUCCACAGUCAAAAUACCAGACAUUGUUACCUGGACAUCAAGCCGCAGCGAUUUAUGCCUUUCCAGCACACACAGCGGCAAGCCAAGUCUAAGCGCAGAACUGGAGCCUACUACACCCCAAAGCCAUGAUUUUGAGGCACUCCUCGGCAGCUUCCUGGGGGCAUGUAGUCCAACUGACUCAAGCCAAUACACACCAGCACCGCAGCCUCUUACCCCGGCAAUGAGGCGACGGACGCAAAAGCCUGACAGAGAUAUCAGAACAAUGCUCCAUAGACCUAGCACAUCAAAGUUUGGAGGCUCAACUUUAAUCAGCAGAGACUACCCCUGCAGGGGAGAACAAAGACCAGAAGGCCUGGCCCGUCUGAGCAAAAUCUGA